AUGAAACAAGAAGAUCGAGGAAAUACAAAAUCCAGUACUCCUAACCAAGUAUCAGCCCAUGGUCGGAAGCAGAAAGCAUCAAAUAGUAGAUCUAGCCGAAGUCGAAAAUCUAAAGACCGUACAUCUAAAAGGAAGUCACAUGCCAAAGGUAAUGAAUCUUCCCAACCGGCAGAUGCUUCUGCUUUGAAACGUAAGAAAAAUGAACGUUCCAAAACCGUACCUGAAAAGACUCGUAGUAGUGGUCGUUGUACACGUUCUUCAACUUCUGCCGUAGUUGCUAAGUCUACACCAAAAGCCAAAGUAUCCAACGCAUCAACAAAAGAAACUUAUUCUUAUUCUGAUAUGUUUCUUGCGGAUGAUGAUGAACACGAUUCGGAUGAAAACGUUGAUAUUGGGGAUGAAGACAGCGAAUAUGCUCCAUCUGAUGAAGAAACUCUUAAUAAAUUGUCAAAAAUAUCAAAGUCUCGUAAGGGAGUUUCUUCACGCACACGCCGAAGUUCAAAGGCCCAGUUGACAGUCAGUAGUGACGUGGAAGAAGGUGGAUCCACUGACGAAGACGAAGCUGGAGAGUCCGAAUCAGAAGAGGAAGAUGAGGAUGAUGAAGAACUGGGAGAUUCUAUUUUACUGGAUCAUUCUGGUGUUAAUGGUGGUAUGCCAAUACAGUUAUUUGAAGAUGAAAGCAAUCAUAUACAAAGAGAUAUUUAUGAUUUCGAUGCACAAAGCAUUAUUUCAGAUAAACGUGUUACUUCAUUAAAGAAAAAGAUACCAACAAGUGCUGUCAAUCGUGGUAUGAAUGUAACGUCAGCUAGUCGGUCAACACGUAGAACAGCUUCUGGAAAAGGAACUAGUUGGGGAUCGAAUAUUUAUAGUGCUCUUGCAGCUGCUCUUAAAACACGCGCAGAUUUAGAUGCUUAUUCAAGUUUCUUGAAAUCAAAUGUUUUAAAUGCUAGUUUCGAUAAAUUUUUAGCGGAAAUCUGUAAACCUAGUAAUCAACAUGCUAAUUUAUUUUAUGGUGCAUCUGCCAGUUUACAAAGUCUCAUGAGUCGUAUUAAUGAUCAUGAUAAAGUAGUUGAACUAUUGCAUGCAUUUGUCGCACGUCCAUAUGAUCAAUUACAACAUCGUAUUGUUUAUUUAAUACCUAUAAUUCAUCAACCAUUGUUUGGUGUCGCUCAUAUGACACCAAUAAGUCAACAUCUUGAAACACUUAGUAAAGAUAUUGAUGAAGAACUAAUUAUUAAACCAGCUUAUAUUCUUAAUCAAGAGACAAAUUUACUAGCAAUUCGUAGUUCUGUCGCAAGUGAUUUUGGUGUAUCAAAUACCCAGUAUAAUUUUAUUACUGGUGCUGGUAAUCUUGGAAGAUACAUGCCAGAUAUUCAUCAAUUAAUUGUCCCAUCGGAUUUGUAUCAAAGAUUAACUGAACUAGUUGCAUUGCCUCCAGAGCGAAUUUAUGAAUUAGCUCUUGCCAGAGUACAUCAACAAGAUGAGGAAGCUGAUAUAGAUAUUAGUCCACUUGAACCACCGAAUUUACAAAGAAUUGUUUUAGCUAUUAAUAAAGAAGGUCAGUUGAUUGGGAUAGCAAUUUUAGACACAUGGAAUAGUACUGAAAUUCCACAUAACAGACCAAAAGCUCCUAUCGAUCUAAUUAACAUAACUUCAUUAUCGGACAAAACUUCUUUUUCAGUAGACCAAUAUGGUACAGAAGAAGCAAAUCGUCAAACUAGAGAGGAACAAGUUCGUGAAGUGUUAGAUAACAUUAUUGAUUGGGUUGUUUUAAAAUCUGAUCCUAAAGAUUAUAGUUCACUAGCAAAACGUGGAAACAGGCAAGAGUCUUCUCCACUUGGACCAGUACGUUUUAUAGAUGCAUUUAUUGUUAAACCAAAUGGACGUCGAGAUACUUUACUAUUAGUUGCGCAUCCUGUUAGUUGUCAUCCAUCUGAAAAUGCUGUUGAAAAUGAUAAUUUCUUUGUUUAUUCUGUUGUUGAUGAAUCAAAGUUUUGUCUAGAAAAACAUGGAUUUAUGCCAGAAUUAUCUAUAGCACUUGAUGGUGUACAUACAGUUGAUCCAGAAGAUAUACUUGAAGAUAAAUCUUUGUUAGUAGUUCCUGAUCUUUUAUUUGAUACUUUACGGAAAGUUAUGCUACGUGAAUUGGCCAGUUCUAGUAGUACAGCUGCUGCUGCUGCAGCUGUUGUUGCUUCGUCGAGACCAGACACUACAACUCUUCCAUUGACAUCAACUGGUCCUGCAGCUGUAAUUCACUGUACAAAAUUUGUCAUACUUGAUCGCCAAAGGCGUGUUCCACUUGCGAUUGCAUUUGAUUCACCUGUUCGCCUUACUCUCCAGGUAGCAGAUGAUAAACUUGGUUUACACCCCCAUGGUGAAGCUGCUUCUGUCAAUUUCGAUCAAAUCACUCCUUCAGAGUUAAAGUCAUAUGAGUCAUCAUUUAAGCCAACUUCUGCUGAAUAUCGUUUGGUUGCUAUAAACGGUUUGUUGUAUGGUUUACAAAUCGAUGAUCAACGUGUUAUUCGCCGUAUUAUUGAGAUUGUUCCCGCUCGCUAUGAUUCCAUAUAUCCUCAUACAGGAAAUCCAUCACUUUGUGCACAGUCUAUCUCUGCAGCUCACAAGUCUUGUCCGUCUAACGUUCGGAUAGUGAAUGAUGAGACUAACAGUUCAACUGUUUUACCAGCAUUUUAUUAUCCUCAUUAUGAACAAACCAAAUUAUGUAGUGUUGUUUCUGGUUUCACCGAUCAUUUGUGCAGUCUGUUUUUCGAAUUGCCUGUCUCAGUUAGUUUGUACGAUGUUGUUUUACGUAUGGCACAAAAAUAUAUGCCAGAGAUUUUAGCUAGACAGCAUAUUGAGGCAGCAGAGGCUGCAGCUUAUGCUGAAGCUGCUGCAAAUCCUCAUGCUCCUCCGCCAUCACCAGUUCCUCUUCCUGAACACUGGGGUGUUUGUUGUUUAUGUGCUAAAGAACUGCGUUCACCAAACGGUUUGUUGGAUCAUGAAAUGAGACAUUUAGGUCUCUCUAGGUUCCGUUGUGGAGUUCAUAAUGUUUCGUUCCUUGAUCGGCGAUCAUGGCAGGUUCAUAUGAAUGAACACCACGCAUGCCCACGUUCAGGCCCUUUAUCUGUUCUUUUACGUCCGAAUCCAGUUAAUCAAAAUGAUUCAGGAAGUGACCAAGAAGAAGAAGAUGAUGAACUAGUUGAACAGGACACUGUCCCAGGUAGUGGUUUACUCGCUGGACUUGCAAACGUAUUCAACACAAAUCUUUUAAUUGGUCGAAUGGAAGCUCCACAAUGCGAAAAAUGUAGUGAUUAUUUCCCAUCAGCAGAAGUACUUGCACAACAUUUAGACUUUUGUGAUGGUGUUAGUUUCUCUCUUCGUACUCCUUUAUCUCGAAUCGGCAGUGGUGUUCCAAAGCCAAUCCUAGCAGAUGAUUCAUACACCAGGUCUGGAGAUGAUGCAACUGUAGAAGCUUCUGGUCCGAAUGCUGAUGAAGUGACAUCAGACUCCAAAGAUGAUGCAUGUGUUUGUGGUAUCUGUGGAACCCAAGUCAAUUCACGUGAUAAAAUACUUCGACACUUCACUGUUUAUCACCUUCAAUGUAUUUUGUGUAAUAACAUCCUUCGGUCAAUGGAAGAAUUGUCUGAUCAUUAUCAUACACACAUAAAAACAGAUGCACCAAAUGCUUUGGAAGAAUUUGAGAAUGAGGAGGCUGAACUAUUGAAAAGUGAUCCAGAUAAAGAAGUAAAUCUCAAGGACGGUAUAAAUAAAAAAUCAGCAAAUAAACUGAUGACAUGUGACAUCUGUACAGAGUUUUAUGGAACGAAGUUUAACUAUUAUUUUCAUCAGUGGGCAGAACACGGAGUAGUACAUCCAGGUGACGGAGUGUCGGAAAAUAUGCUUCAUAUGCUCACCCAAACACGACAUCUUCGACAACGUGUCGAUAAAGAAGAUCUUUCUUCUCUCGGUAUUCGUAAAAUGAAAUGUAAACUAUGCGGAUUUGUUGUUCGUUGCAGUGGAAAAGAUUACGUACAACAUCUUAGUGAAAAACACAAUAUCAAUACCACUCUUGAGGAUAUUUGUCGUAUUUGCGCUGAUGUUUUUGAAUCUCCAGAGGAUCUUUCUGCUCAUCUUGGUGAAAUACAUUUUCCCACCGGAGAAUUUGCCAAUGCCGGUGUUCAGACAAUAUUUCGUUGUACACAUUGUGAAUUUUGGGGUUUCAAUAAAGGCUUGUUAAGACAUUCUCGUGAAGUACAUGAUGAUCCUUGCCCGUCUAUAUAUGAAUGUAUCCACUGUUACGAGAGAUUCACUGAUAAAAGAGUAUGGCGUGCUCAUAUGGAUAAACAUAAUGAAGGUUAUUCACACAGAUGCAUGGAAUGUGGACGGGCAUUUCGGUUAAGACCUUCUCUCCUUCAUCAUAUGCGUUGUCAUCAUGGGGAUGAUCAAGGGCCAGCAACUUGCGAAUACUGUGGCUUGAUUUAUCCUAAACGAUCGUCGUUAAGAUAUCAUAUCUUCCGUAUGCAUAAUCAGGAACUAGCUCAUGAAUGCUUCAUGUGUCAACGACGUUUCCGUCUAGAAACAGAACUUCGACGUCAUGUAAAGGAAAUGCACAGUGGAGCUGUCAAAUGUGAAAUAUGUCAUAAAGUAUGCGCUAACCUAAGAUGUUAUGCUCAACAUAGACAAAAACACUUUCGUACUCGUAUUUAUCAGUGUACUGAUUGUCAAACAACAUUCAAGAGCAAAUUGGCUAUGAAACGUCAUAUUCGAGUAGAACAUUUACAACUUGGUCCUGAAAAGUUCGAAUGUCAGAUAUGUGGAAAGAUUGUUACACAAAUUGGCAUGCAUAUGUUAAUACAUAAAGAAGCACGUUUUGAAUGUGAAUAUUGCAAUAAACGAUUUACUAAAGCUGCCUAUUACAAUGAACAUCUUCGAAUACAUCGUGGUGAACAACCAUUUGAAUGUCAUAUAUGCAGAAAGCGUUUUAACAAAAAAUCAAAUCUGAAUGUUCAUUUGAAAUUUCAUGAGAAACAUCGUGAUGAAGAAGGAAAUUAUCUUGAAUUGAAACCACGUGGUCGUAUUAGUACAAUGUUUGGUGAUGCAUUAAUGAGUCCAAGUGAUAGAGCAGCACGACAAGCUGCUGCUGCUAGAUCAAUGAAUUCAAUAAUUUAUGUACCAAAAGUUGAUGUAGCUGUUGGAAGUGAUUUUCCUGGUGCUUUCAAUUGUACUGGACCAGCUGGUGCAGCAGCUGAAGCUGCUUCACGUGUAGUUGAAUUAUACGGUCUUGAUAAUAAUAAUAAUAAUAAUGAUCAUCAUCAUCAUAAUAAUAAUAACAAUAUUAUAAAUAUGAAUCAUACAAAUUCUAAUAAUUUUAUUCCAGAAUCAAUUAAUUUAAAUGAUGAUUUAUGUAAUAUGGAACCUUCAGUUAAAAAACAACGUUUAACGUAA